GAAUGGAUCCAUUCCAAAUGCCUCGAUCGUUCUGCAUUGCACAAACAUUUCUAAUCUACUACGGAGCAUUUUCCCUGACUGGUGUCUGCGCAGCCUUCACUUUCGCGACGACAAGUUCAGUUCUGUGGCCUUCACAACUACACAGUACGACAUCUUCGACUCUAGCCUGGCGGCGUCAGUAUCUUUGGCCUAUGGUCGCUUUUCCCCUCGCUUCAAUAGCUAUAUCAAUCGGAGUCCUACUCAAAUACGAUGCUAUACAUCCUACUGAUGACUUGCAUUGCGAUGCCAGCCAUCCAGAAUGGGGCCGAUUUUUGGGCUAUGCUGGCAUUCCAAUGAUCGUGUCGUUACCGUGUUUCUUCCUGUCAACGGCAGCUGCGUUCCGGAUCAUGAAGAUGCACAUCCAGCGGUCGCGUUCUCGUCGUCCAUUCUCAAAUGAGAACGUGCUCAGUUCAAAUCGUUCACACCAGCGAUCAAAGUCCAGUAAUAUCAUAGACUUUGCGGGCAGGAAAUCAUCACCGCAUAUCAUUCUCCCAUCACGCUCUCCAUCGAUGUCAAAAUCACCGACAUCAAGUGGAUCAGGCCGUAUCAUGUUGGAGCCAGAAACAGAAACAGGGAACUAUAUCGUUCCAUUCUCUGCUGUUGAUGAGGAGCGAUUACAUGGCCAUGUUGCCGAUGACGACUAUGAAACUGGUCCGCCCACCUCGCCUUCCCCUGUCUUCGCACCUCCAACCCCGUCAAAUGAGCCUAGCUUGCGUAGUCCUCCUUACAUGCCAUUCAGAAAGCACUCAGAGCCACUUGGAUUCGUUGAUCCGACAGUUGACCAUGAUCCCUAUAAAUGGGAGUCGACCAAAAAGGCUAUAGAUGAAGAGGCGAGUUUUGGUAACGAUAUCGGUCAUAGGCGUACUGCCAGUAUACCCCUUUCAGCGGCUGCGUUGUCACGGCAGUCUCAUAUACCUGCGCCAAGGAGUCUGGCGCCCGCCGUAUGGCGGCUCAUUAUUUUUCAAAUGGCAUUCUUUAUCAUACAGUGUUUAGCUGCACUUUCCACUAUCAUUGACGUUGCAAACCAUCGUCCAACCCCUACGCCUUUUGGCACGCAGCAUGUAGCUCUCAUUUUGGCUGGCUGGGGCCCAGCCGUUGUAUUUGGACACUUACCAGCUGUUCGACGACGUCUUAUGUUCUGGAAGCGCCGGCAAUAAGUUGAUCAAGUCAUUAUUUAACUGCUCGCAGAACGGUCAGCAUAUCAAUUAAAAAUACGGGCUACUGUCCAUGCGUGGUCUUCGCACUUCUAGUUCUGGUAGUUGGAGUGCAGAAUACGUUAUUUACCCGCGCAUACACUUAUCAGCUAUUAUAAACAUUACAUAUGUACAUUCACUGGUGUCGUCUUUUUUCAAAAAUCAAUGGAGGCGAGUGUGAAUGAAGUUAC